GUAAUAUUAGUCCUAGUAGACUGAUGGAUGGAACUUGGAAGUUUCGUUCGUUCGUUGUAUCGAUUUUUUGAGUGAAGUGAACUAGUGUUCGUGUCCUUUAGUUUAGUGACGUUUGUUAGAAAAAUAUCUGUGAAUGGGAUUGUGUAACGAGAUAAAACGUUUAUUUGGUGUGUGAUUUUCUAUAAAGGAUGACGAAGGACAGGUUAGCGGCGCUUCAAGCGGCGCAAAGCGACGAUGAUGACGUCGGGCCUGACGAUGUCAACGUCCCCGUCGAAGGCGGCUUCAUGGACGAAUUCUUCAGUGAGGUGGAAGAGAUACGAGAAAUGAUAGACAAGAUCCAGGCUAACGUUGAAGAAGUAAAGAAGAAGCACAGUGCCAUUUUAUCAGCGCCGCAAUCCGAUGAAAAAACAAAGCACGAAUUAGAAGAUCUUAUGGCUGAUAUUAAGAAAACUGCCAACAAAGUUAGAGGAAAGUUAAAACACAUAGAGCAAAACAUCGAACAGGAAGAGCACUCCAACAAAUCUUCCGCCGAUCUCAGGAUAAGAAAGACCCAGCAUUCGACACUUUCGCGCAAGUUCGUGGAGGUGAUGACCGAGUACAACCGCACCCAGACCGACUACCGAGACCGGUGCAAAAACAGGAUACUCCGACAGCUUGAGAUCACCGGCCGAGCGACCACCGAUGAUGAACUCGAGGCUAUGCUGGAGCAAGACAAUCCCGCUGUAUUCACACAAGGGAUAAUAAUGGAAACACAACAGGCGAAGCAAACCCUGGCAGAUAUCGAAGCGCGACAUGCUGAUAUUAUCAAGUUGGAAACAUCGAUCCGCGAGCUACACGAUAUGUUCAUGGACAUGGCUAUGCUCGUCGAGAGUCAGGGUGAGAUGAUCGACCGCAUUGAGUAUCAUGUUGAGCACGCUGUGGACUAUGUCCAAACUGCCACACAAGACACAAAGAAGGCCCUUAAAUAUCAGAGCAAAGCUCGACGGAAGAAGAUCAUGAUCCUAGUGUGCCUGCUCAUUCUCGGCCUCGUGGUCGUCGGCUACGUGUCUAGCUACUUCGUGUGAAGGCGCUCGCUCGCUCGCCGACCGCCCAAUGCUCAAAGGACAGUGAAGCAAUGAAUCAGAUAAUGCAACUAUUUGGUGCCUGCAUCCCGUCUGGCAGUCAACACCUGUCUGCCGAAUUCAUCACUAACAUACGCUCUUAUUAUUUAUCGUUAGAAUUUUUAUUAAUAAGAUUCAAAUUAAAUUAUAUAUUAUCAUCUGAAUUAUAUCGUCCCAUCUGGGGCAGUGUUUAGCUGUUAUCUUGUUGAAUUUUGGUCAUUAUCAAGUAAUUAUUGACCGCUAAUUAUUCAGUAAAUGUUGCUAGCAAAAAUAUAGUUACUUAUCUAUUUAAUCGUUAUUUUUUAUUAUUGUAUUAUGCAACCUUUUUAUUGAAUCAUAAUUUUCAAUAGUUUGUCUUUUUUUCUUUUGAUACUUUUAACGUUUUUAAAUAUAUUUUUAAAAUAGUUAAUGGUUACUUAAAAAUGUAUUAUUGUAUAUACGAGUCUCGUGCUCGGGCGUUUCAUUAAAACAUCUAGAUUUUAAGUUUAUAAUACAAUUGAAAAGGUUGCAAAAAUUAUUCUUCAUUUGAAUAUGUUAUACACAGUUAUCCAUGAAAUAUUAAUUAUAUUAUAUUUAGAACGUACAGAACAUGUUUAAGUAGUUCUUAUAACGUUCGUAUAACGAUAUUUAAACAAUACUCUCAAAUCAUACUCCGCAUCAAGCUCCUAGUUUACAUGCUUUCAAUGAACAACAUAUUGCCUGAGGAAUUAGUCGAAAUACGUUUAUAUUAAUAAGUAAAAAGUUGGCUAAACUGAUUGAAAGCAUCGCGGUUAAUAGCGAGUUCAGACAUGGUAUGUCGGCCCAUACCUGUGAUACAAUAUUUAAUACACAUUAACAACUAUAUUAUAAUAAUCGACAUUAAAGUAAUUACAAUCAGUAUUUUGAAGUAAUGUAUAAUAGUGGCGAUGAUUGGGUGCCACGGUUUUUUCGAGUUCCGAAUGAUUUUUUACGGGAAGUCACGAGUACUUACUCGUGACUUCCCGUAAAAAAUCAUUACAUCACAUCGAGGAGUAUAUUGGAUUACGUGAACGAUACAUAGGGCACGCGAUUGGAAUGACGGGAAGGCCGCGGGAGAUGAUCAAACCGAAUCUGUAAUAUUUGUAUCUAUAAUUAUUAAAAAAAAAAAUGUAAGUGGUUAUAAAUUCUGUGAAACCUGUUUGAUUUUUCGAAUGGUACAACUGUUUUGAACGGUCUUCGUUACAGAUAAGAUAUGUCAAUCUUUCGAUAUUCGUUUAUGUGUUUGUGUAAGCGUCGCUCGAUGAUUGGUCGAUGACAUAUCCGCAGUGUGAGCGUCGCUCGAUGAUUGGUCGAUGACAUAUCCGCAGUGUGAGCGUCGCUCGAUGAUUGGUCGAUGACAUAUCCGCAGUGUGAGCGUCGCUCGAUGAUUGGUCGAUGACAUAUCCGCAGUGUGAGCGUCGUUCGAUGAUUGAUUGAUACCCGCGGCCUACCGUAAGAAGCAUAUCGCGCCGCGUGCCGUCGCCGUAGCAAUAAUGAUGUUCGACUACAAUUUGUAAAAUUUAAACUUUCGAAUGUGUGAUAGUAGAUGCAGUUGUUGUUUAGUUAAUCUUAACAUAUAAUAAUAAUUAUAAAUUAAUUGUUAUCGUGAGUGUAACAUUUAUUACCGAGUAAGAUUUCAUUAUAGUGAAAACGGUCACUUGAUGCUUACGUACGAUCAGAUAUAGACGAACGGAUGGGAAGACGUUUGUGUUUUCUUUGUUUUACUUAACAUUUAAGAUGCUCUUCGUUGUACAGUAAAACAUAAUGUAGCAGUUUUAGCUAGGGUAAAUUUUUUAAUAAAUUGAAAUUACCAAGUCUUCGGCAAUAUAAGUAUAGCAUAUCGAGCAGUUUUCAAUUUAAAACCGAACACGUUAGAAAACGACUUCUCGAAAAUUUAAGCACUAAAAUGUUACAGUUAUUAGCGUUUUCCUUUUAUAAUAAUAAUAAUAAUAAUAAAUUUGCGUGAAUAAUAUAUUAUAGUGAGAUUUCCGAGGCGUGCUGUUAAUAUAACACAUUUCGAGGGACGACGGGGACUGGGGAGUAAAUAACGGUACUAAAUAGCCCGUAGUGCCCCGUCUCGUCCUCGUGUCAAAUAGCGACCUAUGCUCGGUCGCAUAUAUAAGGGAAUGAAGCAAUGUUAAUUUAAACAUUAAUAGCAUAAUUAGAUUUUUAUCCUUAAGAGUAGGAUUUCAUCUAGUUGCCUUCGUAAUAGUAGAGAAAUUAGGUGAUACCUUUUUCUCAUUAGCUUUAUUAUAAAGUGGUGAGGCCAGUCGCAUGUCUCUAUACGCCAGUCAAUUGUCUCGCUUGUCCGGCGGCCCCGCGUCGCCGGCGGACGCGCCGUGCGCCCGCUUCUCACCGCUGUUUCCUCUAUCGUGUACGUGUACUUACAUCGCAUUCAAUAUAGCUAGAUGCAUCGUCUCAUCGUAUCUAGACUAAGAAUAACAAUGGCCUCGGAGUGAGGUUGUGUACCUGACACCAAUCUAACGUUAAUGGAUUUAGUAAAACUCAUAGCGCCCGUGCGCAAUGUUACGCUUUUAUGCAAACGUACUUUCGCACAAGUUAGUCGAACGGUGCGGAAGCGGUUCUGGAUUCGAUCCGUUUGAUCCCGUAUUCAUUUGUAAUAUAUUUUAGACGUAGUCAAAACACAAAUUCUAGUCAGCUUUCAUUGAUCUCUAUUAUUCCGAUAAUCUUAAUCGUAAUUACAGUUAUAUUCUUCUGUUACUAGUAUAUACUGUAAGCGAGGUUCUCGUGUUCAAACGCCGACAGCGGGAGUCGCCUGCGUCUAAGGUCCAUCCAAUGGGAUUGCUCUUCAGAGUCUGACCAAGUCGCUUUCGAUUCCCGCCUGCCACAUAUAUAUGCGUUCUAAGCAAUCUUAAUAAUAUUAUAACGCAUAGAUAUUUUCAUAAUCAAUAGUAUGCAUAUUGUUAUUGGAUUGCUAAUUUUGUAUACCUACGUACACAAUUAGUAUAGUUUAUAUACUUAUGUGUCAAUUCUUAUAGCGUUUUAUUACAUUAACAGAAAAUAGAUAGUAAGUGUUAAAUUAAUCCGAAUAACGACGUUGUUUAUCAAGCUAUUUUGAACUAAUUGUGUUAUUAUUAUUAUUUUGUUUAUUGAAUAAAAUAAUUAUAUUUGAAUGAAGUAUGCUUUACUAUGAUUUAUCAAAGGUAAGCUGUGUUUGUACUGAGCAAAAAAUCUCUUUAUAAUCAUAAGUAUGUAAUUGUAUUUAUCUAAUUCGAAUUGGUAGCCCUUUUAAAAGACUUAAAAUCGUAAUUGUUCUAAAAUAAUGUUCUUGCUUUGUGAAUUUAUCAGACAACGAACACAUUCCAAGUUUUAUUAUAAUAUAAGCAUAUCUGUAAUAACAAAUUCACGUUUAAAUUUUCAAUUAAAUCAUUCGAGUUACGAUCGUCGUGAAAAUAUCAUUACACUUUGCUAUUUAUAUUUCUGAUAUUAAAAUUUGAACGUUAAUGCAUGGGAAGUCUUUGUGGAUUUGUCCAUUGGGCAAAGGGUUUCGUCUACGUUAAGUACGAUGUAAGCUCUUGAUCAUAGAACCCUGAUGCCUAACCGUAGAGUCGCUAGACAAGAAUUCGUAGUUUAAACUCUUCACAAAAACUCGAAAGUUCGCGCUUCGUUCUUUUAACGUAUUGAUGUUGCUUGCCGUUAAAUAAUGUCAAACAUUGAAAUUAAAUUAACAAAAUGUAUAAUGAUUAAACCGUGUUAUUUUAUACAUGUUUAGUCGAAAUUGUUAAAAUAGUUUAGUAUCAUUCUUAGUUUUUAUGUUUAUAUAUUUAUAUUGUGUAAAAAUUAAAUACUUAUGUGAUUGAAAUAUCCCUCUUUCAUGGCAAACUUCUUGUAAUCUUGUAAAGGAAUAUUUAUUACGGUUCAAAAGUAAUGUAUUAACGAAUUAACAGUGAGGUUCUGGAUACAUAUUGUAAAAUUCAAGUUAGAUUGGUUUUAUAGUCAUUCAGUAUGUAGGUUAUCAAUCUGAAUUUUUCUCAUAAUUAUAAAAUAAACGGUGUUUUCUGC